GGGGCGGGAUUCGGGCGCCUUCCGAUUGCAUCAGCUGGUUCCGCCGGGCAUGCGUGGCUCAUGCGCCGUGUCCGCAGGGUCCGGGCUUUCGCUCCUGCUCCGACAGUCCUUGCUGUCUUUUGGUAGUUCUUUGAUGUCUGAGAAGGCCAGCGGCCCUGUAGAGAAGAUGGGAGGUGAAGAGAAGCCGGUAGAUGCUGGCAAGGAGAAGCAAAAGGAAGGAGGCAAGAAGAACAAGGAGGGCUCUGGAGAUGGAGGCCGAGCAGAGUUGAAUCCUUGGCCAGAAUAUAUUAACACACGACUUGAGAUGUAUAAUAAACUUAAAGCAGAACAUGAUUCCAUUUUGGCAGAAAGGGCAGAAAAAGAUAGCAAACCAAUUAAAGUCACCCUGCCUGAUGGGAAACAGGUCGAUGCGGAAUCCUGGAGAACUACUCCCUAUCAAAUUGCUUGUGGAAUUAGUCAAGGCCUGGCUGAUAACACUGUCGUUGCUAAAGUGAACAAAAUUGUUUGGGACCUGGACCGGCCUCUGGAGGAAGAUUGUACCUUAGAACUUCUUAAAUUUGAGAAUGAGGAAGCUCAAGCAGUUUAUUGGCACUCAAGUGCUCACAUCAUGGGUGAAGCCAUGGAGAGAGUCUAUGGUGGAUGUUUAUGUUAUGGUCCACCAAUAGAAAAUGGAUUCUAUUACGACAUGUAUCUUGAAGAAGGAGGUGUGUCCAGCAAUGAUUUCUCUUCUUUGGAGACUUUAUGUAAGAAAAUUAUGAAAGAAAAGCAAGCUUUUGAAAGAUUGGAAGUUAAGAAAGAAACUCUCCUGGAAAUGUUUAAGUACAACAAAUUUAAAUGCCGGAUAUUGAAUGAAAAAGUAAACACCCCAACCACAACAGUCUAUAGGUGUGGCCCCUUGAUAGAUCUCUGCCGAGGUCCUCAUGUCAGACACACUGGCAAAAUUAAAUCUUUAAAAAUACACAAAAAUUCUUCCACAUACUGGGAAGGCAAAGCAGAUAUGGAGACGCUCCAGAGAAUUUAUGGCAUUUCAUUUCCAGAUCCCAAAAUGUUGAAAGAAUGGGAGAAGUUCCAAGAAGAAGCUAAAAACCGAGAUCAUAGGAAAAUUGGGAGGGACCAAGAAUUAUAUUUCUUCCAUGAACUCAGCCCUGGAAGUUGCUUCUUCCUGCCGAAGGGGGCCUAUAUUUAUAAUACACUCAUGGAAUUCAUUAGGAGUGAAUAUAGGAAGAGAGGAUUCCAGGAGGUAGUCACUCCAAACAUGUACAACAGCAAACUCUGGAUGACCUCUGGGCACUGGCAGCACUACAGCGAAAACAUGUUUUCCUUUGAGGUGGAGAAGGAGCUUUUUGCUCUUAAGCCCAUGAACUGCCCGGGACACUGCCUUAUGUUUGAUCAUCGGCCAAGAUCCUGGCGAGAGUUACCUCUUCGGUUAGCCGAUUUUGGAGUAUUGCAUAGGAAUGAGCUGUCAGGAGCACUGACAGGACUCACCCGGGUACGAAGAUUCCAGCAGGAUGACGCACAUAUAUUCUGUGCCAUGGAGCAGAUUGAAGAGGAGAUAAAAGGCUGUUUGAACUUUCUCCAUACAGUAUAUAAUGUAUUUGGAUUUUCUUUUAAACUGAACCUUUCUACUCGCCCAGAAAAAUUCCUUGGUGAUAUUGAAAUAUGGAACCAAGCUGAGAAACAACUUGAAAAUAGCCUGAAUGAAUUUGGUCAAAAGUGGGAGUUAAAUCCUGGCGAUGGAGCUUUCUAUGGUCCAAAGGUUGACAUACAAAUAAAAGAUGCAAUUGGUCGCUAUCACCAGUGUGCGACAAUCCAGCUGGAUUUUCAGUUGCCGAUAAGGUUUAAUCUGACUUUUGUGAGCCAUGAUGGUGAUGAUAAGAAAAGGCCAGUGAUGAUUCAUCGAGCCAUCUUGGGAUCAGUGGAAAGAAUGAUUGCUAUCCUCACUGAAAACUAUGGGGGCAAAUGGCCUUUCUGGCUGUCUCCUUGCCAGGUAAUGGUAGUUCCAGUAGGACCAACAUGUGAUGAAUAUGCCCAAAAGGUACGGCAACAAUUCCAUGAUGCUAAAUUCAUGGUAGACGUUGACCUGGAUCCAGGCUGUACACUAAACAAGAAGAUCAGAAAUGCACAGUUAGCACAGUAUAACUUUAUCCUAGUUGUUGGUGAAAAAGAGAAGACCAGCGGCACUGUUAAUAUCCGUACAAGGGACAAUAAAGUCCAUGGAGAGCGUACAAUUUCUGAAACCAUUGAACGCCUGCAGCAGCUCAAGCAGUCCCACAGCAGGCAAGCAGAAGAAGAGUUUUAACAAAGGCCUUCACCGAGUGCACAGACUCACCCAGAGGAAAAGAAAGUUGCUGCUUUUCCAUAACAUGAAGCUUGUAUUCUGAACAACAUCAUAUUAUAUUGAAGUUGGAAUAGUUUGGCAGAGUCUGCACAUGGAUUACUGUGCGAUCAGCAUUUUGACCUAGACACAUUGUAGACAGUGUAUUUGAUGAAGUUAAUUAAAAGAAUCAUUACAAUUAUUUUAUUCAUUAAAUAAACAAUGGAAAUAAAGCAUGCAGAAUGCUUUUAGUGUCAUAUAGGAACACUUUUUAUAAAUUUAUUCAAUUGAAUAAAAUUUUCCAAGUUUAAGAUAAAAGGAAAGAUUCUAAGAUCAUAGUGUAAAAAUAAAAGGCUUAUAUUAA